AUGACGGAAGCCUCUUUUCGAACCAAAGAUCAAAAGUACCCAUAUUCUGACUUCCAAGCUUUUUGUGAAGCAAACCCUCUUCCAAUUCGAACAUCUACUUUUGCUACGGAGCGUUCGUUGGUUCCAUUAGGUUAUCCUCAUAGUAAGGAUCCACCAGAACGCUCUCGAAGGCCAUGCUCGGAUUUUAAAAGUGAUCACGCCGAGCAAGGAAUAAUCUAUUAUACAAGUCCUCCCCUUGCUUCAAGCGUGGCUCCAAACCUUGGUUUUAAUUUCACCGCGCAAGUCGCUGUAAUAGACACUACACCAUCUGUCAUUCCUGCACAUUUAUCGGUAAAUAAUGGCUUGUGCCAUCAAGGAGAAAUGGAGAAGGAAGUAAAACAGGAGAGUAAUUGCAAUGUCUCUACUUCGAUACGCCCGAAAUCCUCGAAAAAAAGGAGCUUUUUGGAGAAUCGCAUUGCCUGUCUAAAAAGGAAUAAGGCUAGAUACAAGACGCGUAGGAGACGCGAGAAAAGAUUGGCAAUGAUAAUGCAAAAGAAGUAA